UAAACAUAAUUUUUAGGUAAAUAUUUUAAAAAGAGCACCAAUUGGUGACACUGGUUGAUAAACAUGAUCUGAUGCAAUAGAUCAUUCUAUGUCUAUGAUCUCGUCAGAUACGGGAAUGUUAUAUCAGUAAUUCUUGGUAGAUGUCAACAAAAACAUGUGUUUGUGCUGUGGCGUCAUCUUACAAUACACCCGGAAUUACAGCAUUUAACCUCAACUUUUUUAAUUUUCAAAAUUUUUGUUACAUAAAAAUAAACAUGUUGAAUAUAGCAAAACGUGCCACUGCUUCAUUACAAUUCGCAAAAUUAGGAAAAUUAUGUAGCAUACGAAUGGUAUCCAAUACUGAAUGUAUUAGUGAUUCAUUACCUAAAAAAACCUUUGGUCAACCCACCCAUUACACGCAUCCUCAAUUAAUGAAAAAAGAUGAAGUGACGCCCUUAAUUACCCAAACUGAAUAUAAAACUAGAAGAGAAAAAUUCGUUCAAAAAUUAGUUAAGCACAUUAAGAAAAACAAUUCUGUUGAUUGCAGGCAUAUUGUGGUAAUUCCGGCAGCAACAAAACAAUACAUGACGGACAAAAUCCCAUAUGUCUUCAGACAAAAUUCAGAAUUCCUCUACUUGACUGGUUGCCAGGAACCAGACUGUUGUCUAAUAAUAUCAUUGGAACAAAAUCUCACUUCUGUCAACUCCAUAUUAUUUACAAGAGACAAAGAUUCACAUGCAGAACUAUGGGAUGGACCCAGAACAUAUCCUGAGGAUGCACCAGAAUUUUUUGGAGUUGAUGCUGGAUUACCCAUAAGUGAACUCGACAAUUAUUUUAAAUCAUUUAAAAAUUAUAGCAAUAAUGUUUUUAUAUGGUAUGAUGAUAUAAACCCAGUUCAAAAUUAUACUCACAGACUGGUAAAGAAAUUAGUGCAAGAAGUGAUUAGAAAACACUGCCUAUCACCAGUUAAAUUCAUUCAUGACUUACGAAUGUUUAAAAGUCCAGCUGAAAUAAAUUUAAUGCAACAAUCAUGUGAUAUUGCAUCUGAGGCAAUUUCAGAAACAAUUAAGACUUCCACUCCAGGGUGCUGUGAGAGCAGCCUAUUUGCCAAAGUUGAUUAUGAAUCAAGAGUUAGGGGGGCCGAAUUUCUAGCAUAUCCACCUGUUGUGGCUGGUGGAGAAAGAGCAACAACCAUUCAUUAUAUAAACAAUAAUCAAAUUGUACAAUCUAAUGAAUUAGUGCUCAUGGAUGCUGGUUGUGAGUUUCAUGGUUAUGCAAGUGACAUAACCAGAACAUGGCCAAUAAAUGGAACAUUCAACAAAUAUCAAAGAGAAAUAUACGAAAUUGUGUAUGAUGCACAAAAAGAAUUAAUAGCAUACUGCCACAAUUUUCCAUCUCUUGAUGUCUUGUUUGAAAAAAUGUGCUUUGUUCUCGGGCAAAAUUUACAAAGAGCCCAUUUAUUACCUAAAGGUCUUCCAGAGCAACAAUUAAUGAGGGCUGCUUACCAACUGUGUCCACAUCAUGUUUCCCAUUAUUUAGGAAUGGAUGUGCAUGAUACUCCAUUAGUUCCAAGAAGUAUUAAACUUCAACCUGGAAUGGUAAUAACUGUAGAACCAGGAAUUUAUAUCACAGCAAAAAAUAAAAAUAUACCGUCAGAAUUCCAUGGUAUUGGUAUUAGAAUCGAGGAUGAUGUUUUAAUAACUGAGAGUGGGCCAGUCGUUUUAAGCAGAAAAUGUCCAAAAACUGUUGAAGAAAUCGAAGCACUUGCUGGGAACACCACAAAAUAGUCAUAACUAACUCAUUUGUUGCCGAAUUCUGUGAUUGUAGUUACAUGAUUUUCUACUUAAUUAAAAAAAAUCUUAUUAGAA